CGUGUUCUAGUUAUCAAUGACGGAAGGAAGAUGAACUCAUGAGUGAGAUUAUUAUCAUAUUACCGAAAUCAACCCGAGCUGUGUCUCGGUUGGUUAGAUGCGGUCAGCUGACUCAGUCACAUCAACUAGUGUCCAAAUCAUCUAUUUGAAGAGGGGAUGGCACUUCAAACAGUGAAGCAGUAACACCAUCGGACAUUACGUUACAUAUUAUUUUAACCCGCUCUUGCAGCCAUGACUUUAAAGACUCGAUGGUCUCACCUGUUUCUCCUUUUGUGUUGCGUCCAGACUUGUCUUUGUCAGUCAGGUGAAUAUGAAGAGGGUGAAUAUGAACUAGGUGAAUAUGAACUAGGUGAAUAUGAAGAGGGUCAAGGUCCAGGAGACGGUCAUCCACGUACACCUCCACCAUUUCCACCAAGUCAAGGUCCAGGAGACGGUCAUCCACGUGAAUAUGAACUAGUUACAGUGCAAUUAUUUACAGUGCUAUUACAAGAAGGCGCCCCUGGUUUAGAGAGCCUAGGUGGGGUGGAUGGCAACUCCCGAGACAGUGAAGCACUGAGCAAUGGUCCACCGCUACUAAAUAUUACAGUCAGAUCCAAAGACAAAGAAUUCCUGAGCAGUCAUCUUACAACUAUCUUCCUCCCAAUCAUCUACAUCAUUGUGUUUGCUGUGGGGCUGCCCACCAACGCCAUGGCAAUAUGGGUAUUCCUCUUCAGGACCAAGAAAAAGCGCCCGUCGUCAAUCUACAUGGCAAACCUGGCUCUGGCUGAUUUGCUCUUUGUCAUUUGGGUCCCCCUGAAGAUAUCAUACCACUUCAACGGGAACAACUGGAUCUACGGAGAAGGGCUGUGCAAAGUGCUGGUGGCGUUUUUCUACAGCAACAUGUACUGCUCCAUCGCCUUUAUCACCUGCAUAAGUGUCCAGCGUUAUUGGGCGGUGGUCCACCCACUGUCCGAGCAGCAGAGGGACAACCGUAUACCCGUUGCCGUCUCCGUCACAGUCUGGGUGGUGGUCUGGCUUAUCACCAUCCCUCUCUACCUGUAUGACCAACAGGUCAGAAUAACAAACUUCAAUCCAAAAAUCCUUACCUGCCAUGAUGUCACCAGGGAAAGUCAGGUGAAAAUAGCAGCUGGCUACUUCCUGACAAUGGGAACUCUGGGAUUUGUUGUUCCCACUAUUGUGUGUAUCAUAUCCUACAUCCUCAUGCUCAAAGCUCUCAGGAACAGCAUGACAGAUGCUGCCAUCACCAAGAAGCGACGGAAGGCUGUGGUCUUGAUGAUCACGGUGUUGGUUAUGUUUUUAGUGUGCUUUACCCCCAGUAACAUCAUGCUGCUGGUACACUAUAUCCUCUUGUUGGGCGGGGCUGACAACCACCUGUACAGAUUUUAUAUCACCACCCUGUGUCUGGCUAGUCUCAACAGCUGCAUCGACCCUUUUGUUUACUACUUUAUCUCCAAGAAUUUCAGGGAUCAUGUGAAGAACACGUUCCUCUGCAGGAGCGAGAGAACAGUGAAGAGGAUGAAGGUUUCCUUCAGGGCUCCGAAAAACUCACAAGAGCAACACACUAUGCUUAACUCAGAUAACACACAGAGUACUGAAUGCUAGUGGAUUAAUCAUUAUUAAGCUGUUUUAUGCCUGAUCAUUAUCUCCCUUCAGAUAGAGAUUUUGGUAACACUUAAUUUACAGGUCUCUUUAUUGUAUAUUAAAAUAAAAUAAAGUGUUACCUUUUUUUUCUUAUUCUACUGUGACGCCUUCCACCUCAAGUUUGGUUCAUUACAUGUAAGGAAAUUUAGGAGUCAUCUUUGGCAAUGACCUCCUGUUUCAGAGCUUUGAGCUGUCUAAAUUACUGCUUAUAUUGUUUUAAUACAUUUAAUUGUCUUUAUAUCUUUUACAACACACUUGUUUUAUGCACUUUGCUUGAUGCACUUUGCUUGAUUUCAGCAGGAUAUGAAUGAUCGCCUUUAUUCAGUUUUAAUGGGUCUAAUCUUUUAUUCCAUGUUGUAAUUUGAUGAAUUUUCUGUCAAUGUUUGAUGUGCCAGAAUUGAGACCCAAACCUAAAAUGGGCAAAAUUUAGCAGGUUUUAUAAUGUAGGAUAAAAGUUUUUCUGUGUUUUUUAAAGUAAUAAUUUUUGCUUGUAUAUCUACAUUUUAGUUUGUCAAUAAAAGUAAUUGUCUAA